GUGGAAACUAGUCUCAUUGGCAACAUCGUCACGUGACCUCCCAUGGCAACCGGUAAGUGUCAUCAGUUCCGCUCUCAAGAGCAGCCUCAGUGCGACUCAACUGAAAAUACACUGACUCACUUUAUAACAACUCUGCUGAUUCAAAUUGACUUUAAAUCGGCCCAGGAGUCCUCCAGCAAGACCACGGCCCUUCUUGCCUCAAAUAUUGGGGCGACAUUAAAGAGAGUUCGAGCGGAACACCAUGAGUCAUCUCAACCCAGGACUUCUUUCAGCCUACAACAGUCUCAAAGACAAACAUCUGGCUGGAUACUUCAGCAACACUCGGAUCAGGAGACACCUGCAGAGAGCUGGACUGAUCACCAGGAGUGGACGUAUUGUUCCAGACAAGGAAUACAGACACAAGCUGAUCCAGAAAGCCCACCAGAGACACAUUCGAGAAUGCCUGGCCCAGGCCAUUUUCCACAAGGUGCUAGAGAUGGAGCGUGUCCAUCAAAUAGAGAUCAAAAGGAAACUGGAGGAGUUUGCAAGAAGGGAAAGAGUACAUAAGAUCAAAGUGGAGCGCUCUAAAAAGUACGAAGAAGACAUCAUCCGUAUUCUGUCUCCACAUCCACCCACGGGGGCGAGGGCUAUCCGAAAACAACACUCUGGGCCGGAGGGGGAGAACUCUGAAUCCUCGGAGUCCCCGGGCUCGUCUCGACCCAACACGGCUCCAGGGACAAUGCAGAGGCCGGCGCGUCUGAAGCCGAUCCACAGUAACAGCACCACAGCUUCGCUCAGACGCAGCUCCCCUUACAGACUCCCCGAGUCCUCCAAUGAGAACGACCAGCUGCUCAACUGCACUAUGGACAAAGAGUCCCGGAGACGUUUGACCACAAUGGAGCCCUACCGUGGUAUCUCACCCUAUUGCCUCCCAGUCAUCAACAACUUUGUCACCCCGGUGCCUCCAGCCACAAAGAGGAAAGACAGGGUGGUAAAGGUCCCUCUCAGCAGCACGCUCCGAGGCCGCAGACUGCGUCCUACCACCGCCUCCAGCGGAGCUGACCUCGUUGAGGACCCCCCCAUGCUGAGGAGUUCUGUGCUCCAGAGCCGAGUGUGUGUGAACAUGAUUUACUUUGGCAAAACAGUGCAUCUCUCCCACGACCUGACCGACAUGAGGGAUGAGGUCAAAGUGUUUCAGCAACACUGUGGAGGAGAGAACCUGUGUGUUUUCAAGGGAAUGCUCCACGAGGGAGAGACUUUCCAGUUCAUUUCAAGGCGACACCGAGGUUUCCCCUUCAGCUUGACUUUCUAUCUGAACGGGCUGCAGGUGGAGCGCCUGAGCUCCUGCUGCGAGUUCAAACACAGAAAGGGCCCCAGACUCGGUGGCAGGCACGGACACUUUGGCUUCUGUGGUGUAGAGGGGGCCUCUCCAUGCUACAAGUGCAUCAUAGCAAUGGGACUGGACAAGAAGCCCACCCCUCCACCAAAGAGGGUCAAAGAGGAUGGAGGAAGAGAAGAGACAGUCUUAAGCCCAAAGGGUGGUGCUGAGAUGGAGACAGAGAGGACUGGAGACAAUGCUUCAUCCCACUCUGAGUGUAAAACCAGCCAACCACAGGACGUGAAGACUCAAGUCAAAAAAGAAACUGCUGAUGAGGACAAAGUCAGAGAUGAUUAUGAGGAAGACUUUGAAGCAGAUGACGAGGGCCCUGCAGACGAUGACAGGGCAAAAGAAAAGAAAUCCUCGUCUCCAUCCCGUGGAACUGAAAGGCAGGUUAAAGAGGAGAGAGACGCCUCUGAGACUGAAGACGACGAGAAGGAUGAGGACAUGAAGUCUCGUUCAGGAUCCAGCUUCUCAGGCAGCGAGCAGGAGGAGAGUGAUGCGGAAGCCACCAAAGACUCCCGAGAAGACGAGAAAGCAGAGCAACCUAAAGAGGUCGAUCAAGAGGAAACUACCGUUCUACCAGAUGAAAAAAACAAUGAACCAAAUCAAGAAGAAGCCGCUGAGGCUGAGGCUGAGGCUGAGGCGCCAAAAGACUCCGGGGUACAGGGCAGUGCGGGGGACAGCACGGAGAUAGACUACAGCAUCUCCUCAGGGAAUGAGAAUAAACAGAGUGAAGACACCUUAGGAGAAAAGGAGGUGGAGAAAAUGCUAGAUGAGAGCAAACAGGAGUUGGAACAGGAGAGGGCCAAAUCUGUGCAGGAGAAGCUGGCAGAAGCCAUACUGAAGGAGUCCCAGUGCAACUCCGAGCCCGAACUGAGCGACACCACCACUGAGGAGGAGGAGUCCAUCGAGAAAUGGUCUAAUCAAGACAGCAAGGAUGCAGAACAGCAACAGACACUUGUAAAGGAAACAAAAUGUGAGGAAGAUGUUCGUGAAGAUGAAGUGGUACAGGAUCAUGAAGAGAUGUCUGAACCAAGAGGACAGGAUGACAAAACUCAACAAGAGCCCCAAGAUCAGAAGGUGGAAAUAGAAGAUGGUGAUGAAAAGACGGCAUCAGAAGAAGACAAAAACACAGACAAUGAUAAAAUAGAGGACACCGAAGAUACAGAUGCAGCUCGGCAUCCUGUAUCUGAACAGGAAAUGGCUGAUGGUGACAAGAGUUUAGAACCUCAAGAAGAUGCAGCAACUAAAUCUGCUGAUGGUGAGGCUGCAGAGGAACACAAAGAAAGCGAAGAGAAAACUGCAGCAGAGGUCGACACGCAGCCUGGCGAGACUGGGCGAGAGGCAAAAAGCAGCGAGGAGGAUGAGUCAUCAAUAUCGGAGCUGAAUAAAAACACUGAUGAGACAGCAUCCCCAGAUGAUGCGGAGGCAGAGGCGAUGACAGCAAGCGAGACAAUGGAGAUGAAAGCAGAGCCCUCUGAGGAGAAAGAGGCCCUCAACUGUGAAGAGACACCUGUAACCGACAAAGAAAAGAGGCAGCAAAAAGACAGCGAGGACAGAGACGCAGCAUCAGAGACAGAAGUCACAGCAGAGAAUUCAAGCAGCUCGAUGGAGGGGAGCGGAGACACCACCGUUGAAAAAACAGCAGAUAUAACAGCAGAUAUAAGUGAGGAAAAUGCAAAAGAUGAGAGCAGUAAAGAUGGUGUUAAAGAAGUGGAAGUGUCAGCAGUAGAGGCUGGUAAAGAUGACAGUCCACAAGAAAGGGAUGAUCUAGGCAAAGAGGAGACAGACACAUCACCUGUGGAAAUGGGGGAUAAGGUAGAAAAGAAAUGUGAGGAGGAAGGUCAGGAGAAAGAAAAGCAAACUAAUCCAGAUGAUAAAACACAAGGUGAAAAUAGAGAGGAAAGUAAAAAGGAUGAUACAGAUAAGACAGAAGAGGAAGAGAAUGAGAGUAAGAUGGCGGAAAGUAUGGAAAACAAGGACAGCAAUUCAGAGUUGACUAAAAGUGUCUCAAACACUGAAGGAAAGGCAAAUGAAGAACAAGCUGAGAAAACCCACAGUGACGAAGAUAAUGUUGCAAAUGAAGAGAAGGCAGACGAGUCAGACAAUACAGAGAGGAACAAAGAUAGCAAAAGCAUUGGUAAUAAAAAUGACGAGCAACAAUCUGAAGAAAACGGAGCCGCAACUGAUGAAACUAAUGAGGUGGAAACGGCUGCUGAUGGAGAAAAGGAUGAUGAAGCGGAACAGGAAGAGAAAGAUCAGAAUGAGGACAAGGAUGAGAUUGUUGCAAAGAAUGAAGGUGAUGAAGAAUGUCAAGAGAGAAAAGUUGAUGAGACUGUAGGGGGAGAAGAAAUAUCUGAGAUAACAGAGGAAUCUGAGAAAAGUGCAGAUGCAAACUUGGAUAAAGACGUGAAAAUACCUGAUGAAAAUACUGUUCAGUCAGAGGAUGUCGCUGACAGUGAAGCAGCAGAUGUAGCACACGGGACGAAAACGGCUGAAGAGACGCCAAGCAACGUGAUGGAGGCUGAAGAUGUUGAGAAAGAAACCGAAGGAGGAAGUGACUACAGUGAAAAGGGAGAAGUUGAUGUUGAAAAUGGAGAGAUUUCUACCGUAGCAGCUAGCAAAACGUGUGAGGAUGAGGGAGAGGCUCAAACUGAGGGCAAAGAUGACAAGAGAACAACAGAGGAGCCAGCAGCGGGAGAGAGCACAGAGGUAAAAGAAGUGACUGUUGAUUCUGAAGAUGGGGCUGAAAACCAUGAGGACAACAACGUCGAUGAGGCCCCUGACACUGAUGUGGUACAAAGUGACGCUAAGGAAGGGGAUGACAGUGCGGAAAAGCAAAAUGAAUCCAUUGAAAAUUACUCCGAGCCAAAGACAGCUGGUAGGGAAUUAAAAGAGGAAUUUAAAUUAGAGGACGGGGAGGAAACCAAACAAGAUGAAAAAGGAAACCUAUCUGACCCUGAUCAUGAAGACAGAGAAUUAGAUUUGAUUAAAAAGAGUGACAACAUCCAGAGUAAUGCCACUGAGGUGAUAGUUGCUUCUUCAGGGGAUCAGGCACAAUCUAUAACACCCACAGCUGUGGAUUCACACCAUACAGCUCACAAGUUAGACAAGUCCACUGCACCAUCUGACGCUGAGACUGACAAACACCCCCACGUUGAUGAAAAUGCUGCUGCUGCUGCCGAGCUCUCUGUUACCGAUGGUGAAAACGGAGCAGACACGGAGGAAGCGAGCAAGGCCUCGGAGGAAGGAGCGAGUGUGCUGCUCAAACCUCACGCGCAGGCGUCACAGCUCACGCAAAUCAUUGAUAACACAGACGAGAGCGCUGCAGUAGUUACAGCAACGCCAGAGGCCUUAGCGAGAGAAGACAACACAGAUCUGGUCACAAACUGGAUAACCAUGCAUCAAACAUCAAAGUAUUUUGAGACGUUUGUUGAGCCUUUAGAAGACUUAAAGGAAUCUGCUUCAGACGCUCAAGUAUCUGACGCUAAUGAAGAAGUGACGCAAUCUACAGAGCUGCCGAGAUCAGAGAGUUCACUUCAGAUGGCGAAGAUGACUGGAAAUGCAGAACAAGAGCUCACGCCAAAAGAUGUCAAUGAGUCAAAGGACAAAAGCAAAGAGGAAGCUGUGGUGUUAAACCUUGAAAGCAAUCACUCUGAAGAUGGUGAACUGUGUGAGAAAGACACACUGCAAGUGGAGGAGGAGACUGAGGUAGAAAUCAUGACAGCAAAAGAAGAGAGCGAACAAAACGAUAAAGAGUCUGUGAACGGGCAAGACACGAGGUCAGAGGAGCACAAAGGAAGCCCAGGAUCUGUAGACGAAGACAAGGUGCACGAGGGUUUCAUGCAGGACAGCGCUAAGCAAACUGACUUUUCCAUAACCGAAGUGGAAAGCAUUACCGAUACUCAUCAUUCCGUAACCAGCGGAAGACCUGAGAGUGUCCAUGAGAACCAAACUGAGGAGGAAACUACAGAUGCAGGUCCAGAGCUGAACGAAAAACAAACAGCAGUUGAAGAUGUGAAAGAUCUCUUGCCCUCGUUGAAAACAGAAGAGCAGCACGAGCAAACGACGAGUCCAGUGGGGCUCUCCAAACUAGAUGAACCGAAAGAUACCGAAGAAACAUGGGCAAACAGCAAUGAACAAAGUCGAGAAGUGACAGAAAUAACUGAUUUUACGACGUCCAAGUCAGACGACGGAAGCCAGAAGGAGUCCCCCCAUGAAGACAUCCAACACAAACCGUCAGACGAGAGCAUCAGCGGAGACAGAAGAGACAUGCAGCUGAUCCAAGACAUCAAACACACUCUGAGUAAAGACCGACUGAGCACUUUCUCAGUGGAUGAAACACUGUUUGCGCAAAGUCCAUAUCCUUUGCUGACUGCUGCGAGGACAGAGAGUGGACAUUAGAGCUGCACACUUCAGAGAAGCACCAAGAGGCCCUCAAGUGUCUUGUGGUUUCUGUGUUUACAUUACAAUGGCUUCUCAAAUCCUCUUCAUCCUUCAAUCACCAAAAAGAAGAAGCUGCACGAGGAGUUUUGACUGCUGCAUAAAAUGUUUACAAUAGACCAUCUCUUCCUAUUGUUGUUACCAAAGAGGCGUAGUUUGUGUGAGGUAUCAAGUGCAGCGGCUAUCACCUAUUACCUGUAAACAGAUACUCUUCCACUCACGCUCACAAGGGAUUCAAUAAUUCAUAGUUGUUGGGCUAUCAGUUUGUCCGUAAACUACAUUUGACAUUUGCACUGAUGUUACAGUAGUUUGGCUUCUGUAAUUGCACAGGAUUGUCGUCUUAAUGACAGUUUUAGUAUUUAUUUAGAUGACAUCUAGACAAUAAUGCAGCUGAACAACAAGAAUGCUAACCUUAGCUAAUGUGGUUAAUAAUUCAUCCUUAGGCUACCAAUUAGUCGAAUAAAACAGUGGCAACAAUGUGAAAUGUUACAUCUAGGCACUGAGUUGUGUCAUUGCUGCUAACACUACCUCUCAUUAAAAGAAAUAUACAUAAUCAUUAUUUGUAUUGUCUUUUCACAUGAUUUUUAUGGCGUGUGGGUUAGUGAGCCUCCAUCUUUUCAUUUGAUAUCUUUUA